AUGAAUGCCUUCCUGGGUAAAUCAUGUGUGAGUCCUAGAGAACUCCUCCAUGGCUUUGUCCUUGCACCCAGGGGUAUCGUGUUUGGGUCAACAAUUACAUAUUCUUGUGAUAAAGGAUAUCGACUCAUUGGUGACUCCUCUGCCACAUGUAUUAUCUCAGACAAUAUUGUAACCUGGGAUAAGGACAUGCCUUUUUGUGAAUCUAUUCCUUGUGAGUCACCCCCAGCUAUCUCCAAUGGAGACUUUUACAGCAGCAGUAGCGAGGACUUUUACUAUGGAAUGGUGGUUACUUAUAAGUGCCGUGUUGGACCGAAUGGGAAAAAGCUGUUUGACCUCGUGGGUGAGAAGUCAAUAUAUUGCACCAGCAAAGACAAUCGAGUUGGCAUCUGGAGCAGCCCUCCCCCUCGGUGUAUUCAUGUAGUCAAAUGCCCAAUUCCAGAAGUUGAAAAUGGAAUUACGGAAUCUGGAUUUAGACGCUCAUUUUCCUUAAAUGAUUCUGUGAUGUUUAAGUGUAAGCCUGGCUUUACCAUGAAAGGCAGCAACACAGUAUGGUGCCAACCAAACAGCAAAUGGAACCCUCCACUGCCAAGUUGCUUCAAGGGGUGUCUACCACCUCCACAUAUCUACCAUGGUAAUUAUAACAAAUUGGAUGAGGAAUUCUUUGCAGUUGGACAGGAAGUGUCCUACAGCUGUGAGCCUGGCUAUACUCUCAUUGGAACUAACCCUAUGCAGUGUACAUCCUUGGGAACCUGGAGCCAUCCAGCCCCCAAAUGUGAAGCAAAAUCAUGUGAUGCCAUUCCAAACCAACUUCUCAACGGUCGUGUGGUAGCUCCUCCUAAUCUCCAGCUUGGGUCAGAGGUUGCAUUUGUUUGUGAUAAGGGGUACCGGUUAAAUGGCCAAUCUUCUAGUCAGUGUGUCUCAGAAGGAAUGAGAGCACUCUGGAAUAAUAAGUUUCCUGUCUGUGAACGGAUUUUUUGUGACCCUCCUCCUCCUAUCAAAAAUGGGCGGAAUAGUUAUCAUUCUGGUUCCAUAGCUGUUAACGCUGUGGUGAGGUACAGAUGUUUGAGUGCCUUCCGCCUCAUUGGAGAAAAUAUCCCCUUGGAGUGUCCAUCACUUCCCACAAUCGCCAAUGGGCAUCACACAGGGGAGAGUGUUGAUUCCUUUGCCCCAGGAUUGUCUGUGACCUACAGCUGUGAACCUGGUUACUUGCUUCUUGGAGAAAAGACCAUUCGCUGUUUGUCUUCGGGAGACUGGAGUGCUGUCACUCCCACAUGUAAAGAGGCACAGUGUGAACCUCCAGGACCAUUUCUCAAUGGGCAGUUAAAGAGGCCCACAAGUCUUCGGGUUGGUGCAACUGUGAACUUUUCCUGUAGUGAAGGGUAUCGAUUACAAGGCCAACCUUCUAGCCAGUGUGUAAUUGUUGGACAGCGUACUUUUUGGACCAAGAUGCCAGUAUGUGAAGAAAUUCUUUGCCCACCACCUCCUUCUAUUCUCAAUGGAAGACAUACGGGCAGCUCUUCAGUGAAUGUUCGGUAUGGAAGCACAGUCACUUAUACCUGUGACCGGGGCCCAGAGCAAGGAGUGAACUUCAUCCUCACUGGGGAGAGAACUAUCCGUUGUACCACUGAUAGUCAGAAGACUGGGACCUGGAGCGGCCCUGCUCCACGCUGUGAACUUUCUGUUUCUGAGGUUCGGUGUCCACCUCCCCAGAUCCUAAGAGGCCAAAUAUCAUCCGGGCAGAAAGAUCAAUAUUCCUAUAAUGACACUGUGGUAUUUGCUUGCGUAUUUGGCUUCACCAUGAAGGGCAGCAAGGGAAUCCGAUGUAAUGCCCAAGGCACAUGGGAACCAUCGGUACCAGUCUGUGAAAAGGAUUGUCAAGCUCCUCCUAAAAUCCUCCAUGGGCAAAAGGAAGAUAGACACAUGAUUCGCUUUGACCCUGGAACAUCCAUAAAAUAUAGCUGUGACCCUGGCUAUGUGCUGGUGGGAGAAGAAUCCAUACAUUGUACCUCUGAGGGAGUGUGGAUACCCACUGCCCCCACAUGCAAAGUGGCAGAAUGUGAACCUAUAGGAAAGCAAGUCUUUAAAAAACCCAAGAACCAACUUAUUAGACCAGAUGUCAACUCUUCUUGUGAUGAAGGGUACCGGCUAGGCGAGAGUGUUUAUCAGCAGUGUCAAGGCACAAUUCCUUGGUUUAUGGAGAUUCGUCUCUGUAAAGAUAUCACCUGCCCACCACCCCCUGUUAUCUACAAUGGAGUACACACAGGGAGUUCCUCAGAUGUCCUAUAUGGUACCACAGUCACUUACACAUGUAACCCCGGGCCAGAGAGAGGAGUGAAGUUCAACCUCAUUGGGGAGAGCACCAUCCGUUGUACAAGCAACGAUCAAGAGACGGGCAUCUGGAGUGGACCCGCUCCUCUCUGUAAACUUUCUCUCCCUGCUGUUCAGUGCUCACAUGUCCACGUUGCAAAUGGAUACAAGAUAUCUAGCAAGGAAGCCCCAUAUUUCUACAAUGACAGUGUGAUAUUCAAGUGUAAUAAUGGAUUUACUUUGAAGGGCAGCAGUCAGGUUCGUUGCAAAGCCAAUAACACCUGGGAUCCUGAAAUACCAGUUUGUGAAAAAGGCUGUCAGCCACCUUCUGGGCUCCACCAUGGUCGGCAUACAGGUGGAAAUAGGGUCCUCUUUGUCUCUGGGAUGACUGUAGACUACACCUGUGAUCCUGGCUACUUGCUUGUGGGAAACAGAUCCAUUCACUGUAUGCCUUCAGGAAAUUGGAGUCCUUCUGCCCCUCGGUGUGAAGAAGCACCAUGCCAACCUUUGAAGGAAGGUCUUCAAAAUCUUCCAGUUGGUUCACCUGUGGUACCAGUUAAUAUGUCCUGCCAAGAUGGGUACCAGUUGACUGGACAUGCUUAUCGGAAGUGUCAAGGUGAUAAGAAUAGGGUUUGGUUCCAAAAGAUUCCACUUUGUAAAGUUAUCCACUGUCAACCUCCACCAGUGAUUAACAAUGGGAGGCACAGGGGUGUGAUGGCAGAACACUUUCUGUAUGGAAAUGAAGUCUCUUAUGAAUGUGACCAAGGAUUCUAUCUUCUGGGAGAGAAAAGUAUACGGUGCAUAAGUGAUUCUAAAGGACGUGGAUCUUGGAGUGGCCCUCCCCCACAGUGCAUAAAAUCUCCUCCUGUGACUCACUGCUCUAAUCCAGAGGUCACACAUGGGUACAAGCUAAAUAAAACUCGUUCUUCAUAUUCCCACAAUGACAUAGUACAUGUUGCCUGUGAUCCCGGCUUCAUCAUGAAUGGGAGUCACAUGAUUAGGUGUCAUACUGACAACAAAUGGGUGCCAGCUGUACCAACUUGUAUCAAAAAGGAGGUGAACUGUAGCUUCCCAGAGCAUAUAAAUGGAAUCCAGAGUGGGCUGGAGCCUGGAAAAAUGUAUCAGUAUGGAGCUGUCAUCACUUUAGAAUGUGAAGAUGGGUAUACCCUAGAAGGCAGUCCCCAGAGCCAGUGUCAGGAAAAUCACGGAUGGAACCCUCCCCUGGCUGUUUGCAAAUCCCCAAGUUUUUCCGCAGGGGUAGUAGCUCUUUUCUGCUUGGGUGCUAUCACCUUACGCAUGAUAUUAAAACACAGAGAAUGCUUCCCAGACCCUGGGAGCGGAACCGGGUGUGUGGUACUUCUCUCGGCUGCACUUUCCCCUGACUUCGAUUUUCUCCGAGAUCGCAUCUGGUUACUAGAGGCCCUUGGGGAGGAUGCGAGCCACUUCUCCGAGGAGCCAGGAGCCUCUCCGGCCGCCAGCGCUCCCUGCCUCCUGUCCCGGAGGAGCCCUCCUGGCGGUUCUGGUGCUGCUCGCGCUGCCGGCGGCCUGGGAUCAAUAGGUGGUAAAGGAUUCCUCCAGCACUGGAAGCUGUUUUACUGCCAAAAUUCUUCAUUGAGCUGGCGCAGCGCGGCCCCCCAGUCUCCCCGCAGGGACUCUGCGCGCCCCGCCCCGUCGUCGCCACCGCCCCUCCCCUGGCCCGCGGGGCCGCACGGGCGGCUGCGGCAGCGGCGGAUCGCUACUUUUCAGGCCGCGACGCUCACGCUCCGCGCCGUCCGGGGCGCCAGUGUCCCCGCCGUCGCGGCGCUUGCUGGGCGAAACCGAAGCCUCAGUCAUACCCCCCGCGUCGAUUUUACGCUUUCGGGGCAGCUCCGGGAUGCUGAGGGGCUGCCCGGGAUGCGAGACCCCCGGCGGCGGGAUCCAAAGCCGUGGCCGCGCCGGCUCCUCAGGAAAGUCGCGGAGCAGGAGCCGCUUCCAGGGCACGUGGAACGUCAGGGGCUCGGCAGCACGCCUCUUGCCCGUCAGUGCCAAUCCCCGGUGCGCCUUACAUUCGCCAUGCCUACAGAACCGAUUGACAAAGAUGAGUUUCCUGUUGGGACAUCUGUGAAGUAUAAAUGCCGCCUUGGUUACUACAGAAGAGUGUUCUCUAUCACCUGCCUGCAAAACUCUGUCUGGUCAAGCCCUGAAAACAACUGUAGGCGUAAAUCAUGUGGAUCUCUUCCAGAGCUCAUAAAUGGCAAAAUGGACAUCAACAAAGACACCCAGUUUGGAUCAACUGUUAAUUAUUUUUGUAAUGAAGGAUACCGACUCAUCGGUCAAUCCUCUGCUGCAUGCAUCAUCUCUGGCAACUCUGUCAUCUGGGAUAAUGACCCACCUAUUUGUGAGAGCAUUCCUUGUGGGCCACCCCCAGCCAUCGCCAAUGGAGAUUUCAUUAGCACCAACAGAGAAUACUUUCAAUACGGAACAGUGGUGACCUAUCGCUGCAAUCUUGGAGAGAGAAGGCAGAAGCUGUUUGAUCUCGUGGGUGAGCCGUCAAUAUAUUGCACCAGUGAAGACAAUCAAGUUGGCAUCUGGAGUGGCCCUCCCCCUCAGUGCAUUACACCUAAUAAAUGCACGCCUCCAGUCAUUGAAAAUGGAAUAAGGAUGUCUGAGAACAAAAGCUUAUUUUCUUUACGUGAAAGCGUGAGGUUUAGGUGUCAGCCCGGCUUUGCCAUGAAAGGACCCUCCACUGUUGAAUGCCAGGCCCAAAACAAGUGGGGGCCGGAGUUGCCCAGCUGCUCUAGGGUAUGUCAGCCACCUCCAAAAGUCCUGCAUGGUAAACACACCCCAAGCCACAAGAACAACUUUUCUCCUGGGCAGGAAGUGUUCUACAGCUGUGAGCCCGGCUAUGAUCUCAGAGGGUCUGCUUCUCUGCAUUGUAUGCCCCAGGGAGACUGGAGCCCGUCAGCCCCCAAAUGUGCAGUGAAAUCAUGUGCUGACUUCCUGGACCAGUUACCUAAUGGACAUAUACUCUUUCCACUUAAUUUUCAGCUUGGAGCAAAAGUAUCCUUCGUUUGUGAUGAGGGAUUCCAAUUAAAAGGCAGUUCUGCUAGUUACUGUGUCUUGGUUGGAAUGGAAAGCCUUUGGAACAGCAGUGUUCCUGUGUGUGAACAAAUCUUGUGUCCAAAUCCUCCUGAUAUCCUUAAUGGGAGACACACAGGAAAACCUCUGGAAGUCUUUCCUUUUGGAAAAGAAGUAACUUACAUGUGUGACCCGCACCCAGAGAGAGGGAUGAUCUUCAGCCUCACUGGGGAGAGCACCAUCCACUGUACCAGUGACAGUCAAGGGAACGGAAUUUGGAGCAGCCUCGCCCCUCGCUGUGGACUUCCGGGUCACUGUAACACCCCAGAUCAUUUUCAAUUUGCAAAGUUGAAAAUCCAGACCAAUGAAUCUGAGUUUCCCAUUGGGACAUCUUUAAAGUAUGAAUGCCGCCCUGAGUACCACAGGAAGUCAUUCUCUAUCACGUGUCUACAAAACCUCACGUGGUCAAGUGCCAAAGAUGUCUGUAAACGUAAAUCAUGUAAAACUCCUCCAGAUCCUGUGAAUGGUGUGGUGCAUGUAGAUACAGACACCCAGUUCGGAUCCAGAAUCCAUUUUUCUUGUAAUAGAGGGUAUCAACUCAUUGGUCACUCAGCUGCUGAAUGUAUUAUCUCAGGCAAUACUGUCUUUUGGGAUUCAGAGCCACCAAUUUGUGAACGCAUUCCUUGUGGGCCACCCCCAGCCAUCGCCAAUGGAGAUUUCAUUAGCACCAACAGAGAAUACUUUCAAUACGGAACAGUGGUGACCUAUCGCUGCAAUCUUGGAGAGAGAAGGCAGAAGCUGUUUGAUCUCGUGGGUGAGCCGUCAAUAUACUGCACCAGUGAAGACAAUCAAGUUGGCAUCUGGAGUGGCCCUCCCCCUCAGUGCAUUACACCUAAUAAAUGCACACCUCCAGUCAUUGAAAAUGGAAUAAGGAUGUCUGAGAACAAAAGCUUAUUUUCUUUACGUGAAAGCGUGAGGUUUAGGUGUCAGCCCGGCUUUGCCAUGAAAGGACCCUCCACUGUUGAAUGCCAGGCCCAAAACAAGUGGGGGCCGGAGUUGCCCAGCUGCUCUAGGGUAUGUCAGCCACCUCCAGAAGUCCUACAUGGUAAACACACUCCAAGCCACAAGAACAACUUUUCCUCUGGGCAGGAAGUGUUCUACAGCUGUGAGCCCGGCUAUGAUCUCAGAGGGGCUGCUUCUCUGCACUGUACGCCCCAGGGAGACUGGAGCCCGGAAGCUCCCAGAUGUGCAGUGAAAUCAUGUGCUGACUUCCUGGACCAACUUCCUAAUGGACAUGUGCUCUUUCCACUUAAUUUCCACCUUGGGGCAAAAGUGUCCUUCAUUUGUGAUGAGGGGUUCCAGUUAAAGGGAAGCUCAGCCAGUUACUGUAUCUUGGUUGGAAUGAAAAGCCUUUGGAAUAACAGUGUUCCUGUGUGUGAACAAAUCUUUUGUCCAAAUCUGCUGGCUAUCCUUAAUGGGAACCACACAGGAACUUCUCUGGGAGGCAUUUCCUGUGGAAAAGAAAUAUCUUGCACAUCUGACCCACACCCAGACAGAGGGAUGACUUUCAGUCUCUUUAGGGAGAGCACCAUCCACUGCACAAGUGACAGUCAAGGGAAUGAGGUUUGGAGCACCCCUGACCCUCACUGUGAACUUUCUGGUUCUGUUGGUCAUUGUAAAGCCCCUAAACAGUUUCCAUUUACAAAGCCCACAACCCUGACUGAUGAGUCUGAGUUUCCAGUUGGGACAUCUUUGAAUUAUGAAUGCUCCCUUGGGUAUUUUGAAAAUAUGUUCUCUAUCACCUGCUUAGAAAACUUGGUCUUGUCAAGUGCCAAGAUAUUUAGAGAUAUGAGAAAAUCAUGUGGAAAACCUCCAGAACCCUUCAAUGGCAUGGUGCAUAUAAACACAGAUACCCGGUUUGGAUCAACAGUUAAUUAUUCAUGUAAUAAAGGGUAUCGACUCAUUGGUUCCCCUUCUGCUACUUGUCUCCUCUCAGGCAUUGAUGUCACUUGGGAUAAGAAGGCACCUAUUUGUCAGAGUAUACAUUGUGAGCCACCUCCAGCCAUAUCCAAUGGAGACUUCUACAGCAGCAAUAGAAACGUUUAUCAAUAUGCAACAGUGGUAACUUAUCAGUGUCACACUGGGCCAGAUGGAGAAAAGCUGUUUGACCUCGUGGGAGAACAGUCAAUAUACUGUACCAGCAAAGACAAUCAACUUGGUGUUUGGAGCAGCCUUCCUCCUCAGUGUAUUUCUGCUAAUAAAUGCACAACUCCAGAAGUUGAAAAUGGAAUUAGAGUGUCGGGAAAUAAGAGUUCACUUUCCUUAAAUGAGAUUGUGAGAUUUAGCUGUCAGCCUGGCUUUGUCAUGAGAGGGUCCAACACUGUGCAAUGCCGGGCCAACAACACAUGGGUACCUGAGCUGCCAAGCUGCUCGAGGGUAUGUCAACCACCUCCAGAAAUCCUGCAUGGUAAGCACAUCCCAAGCCACAAGGAUGACUUUUCCUCUGACCAGGAAGUGUUCUACAGCUGUGAGCCUGGCUAUGAUCUCAAAGGGGCUGCUUCUCUGCGCUGUACAUCCCAGGGAGACUGGAGCCCAGAAACUCCCAGAUGUGCAGUGAAAUCAUGUGCUGACUUCCUGGACCAACUUCCUAAUGGACGUGUGCUCUUUCCACUUAAUUUCCAGCUUGGAGCAAAAGUAUCCUUCAUCUGUAAUGAGGGGUUCCGAUUAAAAGGCAGCUCUGCUUGUCAUUGUGUCUUGGUUGGAAUGAAAAGCCUUUGGAACAGCAGUGUUCCUGUGUGUGAACAAAUCUUUUGUCCAAAUCCUCCAGCUAUCCUUAAUGGGAAACACACAGGAACUUCUCUGGGAGACAUUCCUUAUGGAGAAGAAAUUGGUUACACAUGUGACUCCCACCCAGACAGAAGGAUGACCUUCAGCCUCACUGGGGAGAGCACCAUCCGCUGCACCAGUGACAGUCAGGGAAAUGGGGUUUGGAGUGGCCCUGCCCCUUGCUGUGAACUUUCUGUUCCUAAUGCUUGUCCACAUCCACCCAAGAUCCACAAUGGCCACCACAUUGCAGGACAUGCCUCUCCAUAUCUUCCUGGGAUGACAGUCAACUACACCUGUGACCCAGGCUACAAGUUGGUGGGAAAGGCCUUCAUUUUCUGUACACACCAGGGAACCUGGAGCCUGUUUGAUCUUUAUUGCAAAGAAGUAAAUUGUAGCCUCCCACAGAUUAUGAAUGGAAUCCAGAAGGAAUUGAAAAUGAGAAAAGUAUAUCACUCUGGAGAUAAUGUAACUUUGGAGUGUGAAGAUGGGUAUACUCUGGAAGGCAGUCCCUGGAGUCAGUGCCAGGAAGAUGACCUGUGGGACCCUCCUCUGGCCAUAUGUACCUCUCGCAUGAGUGAUGAUCUCAUAGUUGGCAUGUUCUUUGGUAUGAUCUUCUUGAUUUUACCCGUCAUUGCUUCCUGUUUGAUAAUUCUAAAGUGCAAAAAAGGCAACAAUACAGAUGAAAAAUUGAAAGAAGCAGUUAUCCAUUUGCAUCCCAAAGAAGGCAGUGGUGUCCAUCCUCAUACUCUGCAAACAAAUCAGGAAAAUAUCAGGGGUCCUUUCCUGGGAACACAGAGAAGGCUAAUUGACUUUAGCAGUUGGGAGAGCAAUGACCAAACCUUUCGUGAUUUUGAAAUCAGGCCAUGA